UGGAGGCGGGGGCGGUGAGGAGGAAGGGGAGGAGGCGGAGGCGGGCGCGGUGGUGGCGGCGGCCGGCGCGGCGGCGGAGGCGAGGUUGUGCCCCGGACUGUGUCCACCGAGCUCAGCGGCUGUUGCCUGUGCGUGGAGAAGCAGCGGCGCUGCGAGGCAGAGGAGGAUCGCGGACGAGCGCGGCGGCGGGACGUCUACGGCUGCCGCGGCCCCGGCGGCGCCCGGCGACAAUCGGCGUGGGGAAGCAGCGGCGGCCGCAGCGGCAGCCGCCUCUCCACCACCGGGAAGCCGAGGCGCGGCUGGCGGCGCUGACAUCCGCGGCCCUGCCUCUCCUCCCUCGCCCCCGGCCCUCCCCAUGUGAUCGGUCUUAAUCCCGACCGUGUGCGCGCGUGGGGGCUCCAUUGCGCGGCGCCCGGUGUCGGUGCCGGGGUGGGUGCUCGCGUGUGCUUCUCCUCCCCAUCCCCCGCCCCGUCCCCAAGAAUAAAAGAAGAACCGGGAGGCGUGCUCAGAAAAUAAAUAAAUAACCAGCACACACGCGCAGCCCGGAGCGAGGCGGCGGGGCUGGCGGCGGCGGAGGAGGAGUGAAGGCGGCGGCGGCGGAGGAGGGACGCGCGGAGCCGGCAGUAACUUUCGAGCCAGCCCAGAGCCCAGAGCUCCAGCCGAGCGGUUUGCAGCGCGGCGGCGGCGGCGCUGAGUGUCUGGCCCGCCGGUGCGGUCGGGGUGUGCAGUCGGACGGGACGAGCAGCGCGUCGCUGUCCCCCCCUCCCGGUGGCUGGAGAUGUCCGAGCCCAAGGCGAUUGAUCCCAAGUUGUCGACGACCGACAGGGUGGUGAAAGCCGUUCCAUUUCCGCCAAGUCACCGGCUGACAGCAAAAGAAGUGUUUGAUAAUGAUGGGAAACCUCGUGUGGAUAUCUUAAAAGCACAUCUCAUGAAGGAGGGCAGGCUGGAAGAAAGUGUUGCAUUGAGAAUAAUAACAGAGGGUGCUUCGAUUCUCCGACAGGAAAAAAACUUGCUGGAUAUUGAUGCACCAGUCACAGUUUGUGGGGACAUCCAUGGACAAUUCUUUGACUUGAUGAAGCUCUUUGAAGUGGGAGGAUCUCCUGCCAACACUCGCUACCUCUUCUUAGGGGACUAUGUUGACAGGGGGUACUUCAGUAUCGAGUGUGUGCUGUAUUUGUGGGCCUUGAAAAUUCUUUACCCCAAAACACUGUUUUUACUUCGCGGAAACCAUGAAUGUAGGCACCUCACAGAGUAUUUCACGUUUAAACAAGAAUGUAAAAUAAAGUAUUCAGAACGCGUUUAUGAUGCCUGUAUGGAUGCCUUCGACUGCCUUCCCCUGGCCGCGCUGAUGAACCAGCAGUUCCUGUGUGUACACGGUGGUUUGUCUCCAGAGAUUAACACUCUAGAUGACAUCAGAAAAUUAGACCGAUUCAAAGAACCACCUGCUUAUGGACCCAUGUGUGACAUCCUGUGGUCAGACCCCCUGGAGGACUUUGGAAAUGAGAAGACUCAGGAACAUUUCACUCACAACACAGUCAGGGGCUGUUCGUACUUCUACAGUUACCCGGCUGUGUGUGACUUCCUGCAGCACAAUAAUUUGUUGUCCAUACUCCGUGCCCACGAAGCCCAGGAUGCAGGGUACCGCAUGUACAGGAAAAGCCAAACAACCGGCUUCCCGUCUCUAAUCACCAUCUUCUCAGCACCAAACUACUUAGAUGUGUACAACAACAAAGCUGCAGUGUUGAAGUACGAGAACAAUGUGAUGAACAUCAGGCAGUUCAACUGCUCCCCGCAUCCGUACUGGCUCCCAAACUUCAUGGAUGUCUUCACCUGGUCGCUGCCGUUUGUUGGGGAGAAAGUGACCGAGAUGCUGGUCAAUGUUCUCAACAUCUGCUCCGAUGACGAACUGGGCUCAGAAGAAGAUGGAUUUGACGGAGCCACGGCCGCAGCCCGGAAGGAAGUCAUCAGGAACAAGAUCCGAGCAAUAGGCAAAAUGGCCAGAGUGUUCUCAGUUCUCAGAGAAGAGAGUGAGAGUGUUCUGACACUGAAGGGCCUGACCCCAACUGGCAUGCUCCCCAGCGGGGUACUCUCUGGUGGCAAACAGACUCUGCAAAGCGCUACUGUUGAGGCUAUUGAGGCUGAUGAAGCUAUCAAAGGAUUUUCACCACAACAUAAGAUCACUAGCUUCGAGGAGGCCAAAGGCUUAGACCGAAUUAACGAGAGGAUGCCGCCUCGCCGAGAUGCCAUGCCCUCCGACGCCAACCUUAACUCCAUCAACAAGGCUCUCGCCUCAGAGACUAACGGCACGGACAGCAAUGGCAGUAAUAGCAGCAAUAUCCAGUGACCACUUCCUGUUCACUUUUUUUUUUUUUUUUGAGCUGCAGGGCAUGAUGGGAUUGCUGCAUCUCAGCAGUUGGAUGUUCUUGCCUCUGACGGUAGCUUGUUUGCUCUGGGGGCCAGGAAUUGGAUUCAGUUUACACUAUCAUGAAAAAAUAAAAUAAAAAAGAGGGAGAGAGAUAAUAAACUAUAUUUUGGUGAGGGUGGUGAUUAAACACCUCUUUUGGGUAUGCCUUUAAAAAAUGCUUCUAGGAAAAAAAAAAGUUUUAAAAAGAAAGCUAAUGCUAGUCUAUACUGCAAUGUUAGGGGAAUGAACACGUUUUCCUACUGCACUGGGGACUUUUAGAUAGGUUAAUGAAAGGCCUUUUAUUCUGUUACUGGACACGAAAACUUUGUCUAAUUUCUUAUACUCUAUUGUACGUUUACAGUCGCAUCACUAAAAUGGAAGACAUCAAACAUUUUUAACAGAAAAAAAAAAAGAUGUAAAAACUAACUAAGGACUAUUUAUUGAUAAUGUUUUGCUACUCCUGUCAGACAAUGGCUAUAAACUGAAUUAGGCAGUCUUAAAAAACAAAAACAAAAAAAAACAAAAACAAAAACAAAAACAAAAAAAACCUGGAAAAAAAAGAAUGUUGCAAAUUUGUUAAAAUGCCAAAAAAAUAAAAAAUAAAAAAUAAAAAAAAAUACGACAGUUUAAUUUUGUAUAGAUCAUGCUUAUCUCAGGUUCCUUUAGUUUGCUUGAAUGCCCUUCUUUCCAUAGAACAUUAUUAAUUUGGCAGUGAAUACAUUUUCUUUAAGUUUAAAAAAAACUGGAAUAAUUAUACCCAUCUUUUUUGCUGUUUAUAUUUAGGGGUUUUGUUGAUAAAUCAAGUCUUGGUUGUGGCUUGCUGAAUUCAAUAUUUAUGAGUGGUGCAUUUUUAAGUAUAGUGAACACGACACCAUAGUGCAGUGGUGAAGCCUCUAUAUUCUGUAAAAAACAAAAACAAACAAAAAAAAUCUGCCUAUGCAUGUUUUUUAAGAAAAAAAAAAAUAAAAUGGCUGUAUCGGCCUGUAUGGACUGUAAUGCGCUUUGUGGCCUGACAUUUACUGGAAAAUGUAUGUAUACUGGCGUGUGCUUUAUAUUCUCGAAAAUGCUUAAUGCCUUUGAAAUUUUGUAAUCAAAACAAAAGCUUUGAAAAAAUCUAAAGGGGAGAGUAUUCUUAAAAGUUUUUAACAUAAGCUUGUCAGUGCACACAUAGAUGGUUGGCAUGUUUAGCAAACUUUGUGAAAUUUAAAUAAGUUUGUAGUUACAUGUGAAACUCUAAAUGCAUGGUAACCGUUAAUGUCAUACCAGUUUAGUUAUGUCGUUCUGUUCUGUCAUGUGCCACAAAAUACGUACUUUUUUCACUUUUUUCCCUUUGUAUAUUAGUUACGGGUUACAACUGGUUCAUUCUGAAAACAACAACCAACAACAAAAGUCCAUUCAUAUUUUUUAACAAUUGUAUAAGUGCCCAAGUCAUUCACUACAGCCUAAAGCCUUGCCUUUGUAAUUUGACUUCUGAAAUGUUGGCGAUCAAAGCAUGCACCUGUACCAAUGACAAAGAAAAAGCAUUUUAUAUUACUACUCAAUAAAAUGUGCAUGAACUUAAAGAAUGCGCAUCCUUUCACUGAGUCUGCUGAAGGGAAUGUUGUGCACAGCCACCAUGGUGUCCUCUGGGUGCUGGCCCUACACCACCCUGCACACUUAGGGCAGGCUGCUUCCCAAGGGCCUCAUGAUCCAAGGAGUGGUACCCACUUCUGCUGUAAAAGUCUUGGUGGGUUUGUGUCUCAAAAAAUCAGGCAAGAGAAGUCUGCUUACAGAGCAAAUGCCGUCUUCUGGCUUCCUUACAUGAAGGACUGAUUUAAGAAACCAGACCAAUCCUUUACAUUGGAAACAAUAGUCUUCAAUUGGUCGUCAGGUUGUUUUGGUUGUAUGGGACACCUCCCAGCUAUGGCAAAAGAGGACUAGUCUCCUAAGCCCAUUUCCAACCCAGACAGGCUGUGUUUAUACUGAUAAGUUUGUAUUCACAUGCUUUUUAGUUGUUAUCCCUGCGGAGAUUUAGAAGGCACCACAUUUCAGUUUGUUUCUAAUAUUGUUCAUUUUUCACUGCACUUUGUUUAUGUAAUAAAUUAUGCCUAUUAUAUUAAGUAAUGAGAGUGUGGCGAUUAGUAAUAAAGUGUACCAAAACAAAGAUAUAUUCGCUGACAAAAACUUCCCCAUGGUUAUUUGAAUGAGUCAAAACGUUUCUCCUGUGGGUAUUUCCCCACAAAAGUGACAACCAAGGAAAACAGAUGCAACUUGCUAGAAUGCUGUAAAAGAAAUGGUCAUUCUCGUACCAAUGUGUGUGUUUUCUUUCUUCUGACUACAGAGAAAAUAUCCCAAAAACUAUUAAUAAUGAUCAGGUCUUUUUUGGAUUCCUUUCUUUUGCAAAUUGUGCUAAGGAAACUAUGGCAUAGAAAUAAACAUUUGACAUUGAAAUAAGCA